UGCUAUACGUCGUACAUUAUCAUUGGUGACCGGACGAACCGGAGAGAAAUGCCGAGCUCAACCCUUUUAUUUCUAAUGGACCAAAAGCCCAGCAUCGGUUCUCGCUCUCGUUCUCUUUCUGAUCGACAACUCAUGGCGGAGAUUGAGCUGAAAACAGCCCCUGCUGAUUUUCGAUUCCCUACAACAAAUCAAACCAGACACUGUUUCACACGCUACAUUGAGUUUCACAGGUGCUUGGCAGCAAAAGCUGAGUCUGGUGAAUGUGAGAAGUUUGCCAAGUAUUAUCGUUCCAUCUGCCCCGGUGAAUGGGUUGACAGGUGGAAUGAGCAGAGGGAGUACGGGUCUUUUCCAGGUCCUCUAUAGAUGGUCCUUCUGCAACUUAGAUUGCUCUGUUCAUCUUCUUUAAGCUGGUGACAAUGUCUUUCAUCUAAUCCCAGUGGAAUAAAAAGGUACAAAUUGAGUUUCCUUUGGUGUCUAUUGAACAGUUAAUCCCUUAAUUGCAUGUGGACAAGGUGAUCCAGAACUUGAAACGAUUGGCGUUUAUCAUUCUUCUAAUAUAUUAAAUUGUUUCGAGCA